AUGUAUCAAACUCACUCGACUUUUGUCAAAAAACGUCAGUUCUUUUUGGGUUGUUUCCGUAACUCAGAGGCGCAUAUUUUCACUGGAGGUAUAACAAUAGAAGGAGGCUCCCUCCCAAAAGGCUCUCCUCCCUCGCCGAACUUCUCUUCUCAACUAACUCCAGCCGCCCUCCUCCCUCUCAGCCGGAAUUCCGUUUUCCCACCACCGUCGGAAUGUUCUGCAAUCUCUCAACUCCGCACAUCUCUCCAUCUGCAAUCAACUCCGCAACUCCCUCCGUCUGCAAUCAAUCACCGCCGGACUAUUCCGCAAUCUCUCAACUUCGCACAUCUCUCUGUCUACAAUCAACUCCACAACUCCCUCCGUCUGCAAUCAACCACCGCCGGACUAUUCUGCAAUCUCUCUGUCUACAGCUCCCUCUGUCUGCAACUUCCCUGCGGCUGUAGCCUCCCUCUGUCACGUCCUGCUUCCUCCCAGCCGGUACACUCAGUUCUGGUCAACCUCAACUCUUCCUCUUCAUAUACUUCAAGCAUCUUCAAGAGGCAUACUUACAAGUAUAGCGUGGCUGCCAGGAAUACCCAUUUUGUCAAUAAAACUUGA